GAUCAGAGAUUUUGCAGAAACGAGUAAACCUAUUUAAUUUUCACAACCUCCAAUCCAACCUCCCCUCUUAUUCUUUACUUUCCUCCUCUGCUUUCUACCUUCAAACCCUAGAAAUAACUCACCUUUAAGAUGCUCUUGCCUCUCUCCCACAACCCCUAGAAUCCCCAAAACCCAGAUUCAGCUCAAACCCAUCCCAGCCAUGGUCUCAUUAUCCAUUUCCACCAACUUAGCUUCCUUUGCUCUUCUCAUUUUCAUCCUCAGAGCCUCAGCUUCAGACACCAAUUCCUCAUUUUCUUUCACCAAGUUUGGUAAAGAUCCAAGCUUUGAGUCCAGUAUUUCUCUUUAUGGAGAUGCCAAGGUUGUUAAUGGUUCAAUUCAGCUCACUAGUUCAGUGAGCUCAAGUGCUGGGCGAGGCAUGUACAAGAAAGCCCUCAAGCUUGGUGAAGGUAAGCCUAAGAAAUCAGUGUCUUUUUCCAGUCACUUCACUUUGUCUAUGUCCAAAGAAGAUGGGGAUGGUUUGGCCUUUGUUAUAGUUCCAAGUGGUUUGAAUCUUAGCCUGUUUGGUAAUAGCUCUUUUGGGCUUGAUAUGGGAUAUGGGAAAAGUAAAUUGAAAGUGGUUGCAGUUAAGUUGAAGUAUGAUUACUUGGUUGGUAAGGUCCAUGUGGGGAUUGAUGUGGGUAGUUCUGUAUCAGCUAGAGUUAACAAUGCUUCAGCUAUCAAAUUGAAUCUAACUAGUGGUGAUAGAGCAAAUGCUUGGAUUGAUUAUGAAGCCGGUUCGAAAAGAAUUGAAGUGAGAUUGAGUCAAUUGGGUGGUUCAAGGCCAGCUGAUCCUUUGCUGUGGUACCCAAUUGACUUGUCCAAAUUGUGGGGAGAUGAGAAAGUGUUUGUGGGCUUAAGUGCACAGAAUAGGAAUUCUUCUCAAACUUGUUCUAUAUACUCAUGGAGCUUUGAGCAGAGGCAUGUGCCGGACUGGAUGCAUUCGCAGCCGCUAGAUCCUAAGACCUAUUCUAAGAGCUCGAAGCCGGUCACAGUUGAGAAGAGGAAGGAUUGUGUUUUGAGGGCUGUUGCUGCAAUGGUUCUUGGUGUUGCUUGUGGAGCAUUGGCAUCAUACAUUGUGUUGUAUUUGUGGAGAAUCUUUGGUAAUAGGCGUCCGGUGGUGCCAGAAGAGUAUGCGAUGCAGCCUAAAGAAUUCGAGUACAAGAAAAUGAAGGUAGUGGUAGAUAAAUCCAUCGAAGAUGGAAAGCAGUAGGCUUCAUAAUGUUGUGUGUUGUAAAUCAGUAAUUCUUUUCCCUCUGUGUUUUGCUUUGUAUUUUCAGGUUUUUUUGUGUUAUUACUUGUAGCUGUAGUAACAUGGCAGUAGGUUGUCAAAAUGUAGUAGGUUUGGUGCAUAGUUUUUCUAAUGUUGGAGCAGUGGGAUUCCACUUUGAACUGAAUCAACAACUCAUGGUUGAAACCCCACUGUUCUAUUAAAUAACUCCUCAUGGUGUGCUGGUAACUGCUUAAAGCUGUUGUUUGAAUUCAAUUUCCCCAUUUUCUGGAGAAAAGAUUACUCUGUUUGGAGCUAUCAUGAUUUCAGUGAUGGUUCAUAUAUUCGGUUUGCUGGUUUAUG